UACUGGCUACCAAAGAAACCACGAGGGCCACGCUAUGUGUAAUUAAAUUCUUGCGAAGGCGGUCGUAUUCACAAUCCUAUUGACUUGGAUUCUAAUUUCUUGCACAAUAUCAAAUUCUUUUCAAAUUAAAUCUUCAUCACUAUAUAAUCUUCCAGUUGCUCAAUAUCAUUUUUUUUGGCAACUUCUGAAACUACAAGAAAUCAAAAAAUGGCGAUUGAUGAAAGUGUAGAAGAGGAAGAAAGGGCGUUAUUAUUAAAUAAUCAGAACUCACAUCAUGAAUCCCCUAAACCCAGAAGAAGGGGUGGUCUACUUACUCUGCCUUUCAUAAUUGUGAAUGAGUCAUUUGAGAAGGUAGCAAGCUAUGGUUUAUUGCCCAACAUGAUAUUUUACUUGAUGAAUGUGUAUCACUUGGAAGCUGCAAAAGGGAGUAUCAUAUUGUCACUAUGGUCUGCUUCUUCCAAUGUACUGGCCAUUUUUGGGGGGUUUCUCUCAGAUUCUUACUUGGGUCGUUUUCGGGUCAUUGCUUUUGGGACUUUUUGCAGCCUUCUUGGAACAAUCAUGCUUUGGUCAACUUCUAUGAUCCCUUGGAUGAAACCUGCACCUUGUGCAAAGUAUAGUAAGGAUUGUGACACAGCUACUUCGCUUCAAUAUCUUGUUUUGUUUGGCUCUUUUGGCCUAAUCUCCAUUGGAGCUGGUUGUGUGCGACCUUGUUCCUUGGCUUUUGGGGCUGAUCAAGUGAAUGAUAAAGAGAACCCCAAUAAUGAAAGGGUUUUAGAUAGUUUCUUUAACUGGUAUUAUGCCUCAACAGGAUUGUCUACUAUCAUUGCCCUGACAUUUAUUGUGUAUAUCCAAGAUAAAUUUGGCUGGCAAAUUGGAUUUGGUGUGCCUGCAAUUUUGAUGGUUCUUUCUCUUGUGACCUUCCUACUCGGUUCUCCAUUGUAUGUACAUAUAAAGGCCAAAGAAAACUUAUUUCUCGGUUUGUUUCAAGUUCCAGUAGCUGCAUACCGAAGAAGGAAAAUUAGUUUCCCUGUUAAUGCUGCUGAAGUGCAUUACUAUUGCGAAAAUGACUCUGAGGUCACUGCCCCAAGUGAUCACAUAAGGUGUUUAAACAGUGCUUGCGUAAUUAUAGAUCCUGCAAGGGACUUGAAUCCAGAUGGAUCUGCAUCAAGCCCUUGGAACCUCUGCACUGUGGAGCGAGUGGAAAGACUUAAAUCUAUUUUAAGAAUUAUGCCUAUGUGGACUACAGGAAUCAUGAUGCUAGUAGCUCUAAACAACAGCUAUACAACCCUUCAAGCAAAAAGUAUGGACCGACAGAUCAUUUCAGGUUUUGAAAUUCCAGCUGGUACUUUUCAAGCUUUUUCAAUUGUAACUAUUACGUUUUGGGUAGCAUUUUAUGAUCGUGUUGUCGUGCCGUUGAUGGCCAAGUACCUUAGCAUGCCACGCGGGCUUGGACCUAGAGUUCGUAUGGGAACUGGGUUACUGUUAUCAUGUGCGUCACUGAUAAUUGCUGGAGUAGUGGAGUCCAUUAGACGAAAAGUUGCUAUUGAUGAGGGAUUGGAAGAUAAACCUGAUGCAGUAGUCAACAUGUCAGCACUGUGGUUGGCGCCACAGCUUGUGGUGCUAGGAUUUGCUGAGGCCUUUAACGCUGUUGGCCAGAUAGAGUUUUAUUAUGCUCACCUGUCUAAGAGCAUGUCAAGCAUUGCAAUGGCUAUAUUCACACUAGGAAUGGCGGUAUCAAGUGUGGUGGGUAGCCUCUUGGUUAAUCUUGUUGAUACUUUUACAAGCACUGGGGGAAAAGUGAGCUGGUUAUCAAGCAAUCUGAAUAAGGGUCAUGUGGACUACUAUUACUGGUUGGUUGCUUUUCUGAGUUUGAUUAAUUUCCUGUAUUUUCUUCUGUGUUGUCGAGCAUACGGCCCAUCUGAGAGUUACAGUCACAGUCACAGAAGCAAGCGUUAUGAUACUGUAGAACACGAUUCAGCUUGAUUACUACGUGCCCUUUUUGGGUCCUUUCGUUGUUUAUGUAUACUUUUGUUAGUAUUACUAUCUGUAACAUUAUUGAUCUAAUAAUGUUAGAACAAUAGCUUUCACUUCGUUUUUUC